GAGGGGAGGAGACGGCACGGAGGCAGCGGCAGGACCCCAUCUGUCCAACGGCUGCCAGCACCGAGGGGGACCCUGAGGGCAGCUGCACGGCCCGGACGGACGGACGAGGGGUGACGCUGCCGUCGGUGCCCCGGUUCAGGAUGGCAGGCCGGGAUCACGCACCCUCAUCCUGCGACUGCUUCGUGGCGCUGCCUCCGCACACCGCAGCGCCCGCUGUCGUCUUCGGCAAGAACGCCGACCGCCCGCGGCACGAAGUGCAGGAAAUCGCCUACAUCCCCUCCGCCGUCCAUCGCCCCGGGGACAAAGUGCAGUGCACCUACAUCGAGAUCGAGCAGGUGGAGCGGACCCACGCGGUGGUGCUGAGCCGUCCUGCCUGGCUGUGGGGUGCCGAGAUGGGUGCCAACGAGCACGGUGUCUGCGUGGGCAACGAGGGCGUAUGGACCCGUGAGCCUGUUGGGGAGGAUGAGGCGCUGCUGGGUAUGGACCUGGUGAGGCUGGGCUUGGAGAGGGGCGGCUCUGCCCGGGAAGCAUUGGAUGUCAUCACAGCCCUGCUGGAGAAGCACGGGCAGGGUGGGAGCUGCAAGGAGGAGCCCACACCAUUUGUGUACCACAACACCUUCCUGCUGGCUGAUCGCCACGAGGCCUGGGUGCUGGAGACGGCCGGCAGCUAUUGGGCAGCCCAGCAGAUCCGAGAGGGCAGCCGCAAUAUCUCCAACCAGCUCAGCAUCGGGACGGACAUCACAGCUGAGCAUCCGGGGCUGCGGCAGCGAGCCCAGAGCCAGGGCUGGUGGAGCGGGGCUGGCCAGUUCAGCUUUGCUGAGGUCUUCUCCCUGGCACAGCAGCCACCACGCAUGGAGGCUGCCAAAACCCGCUAUCGUGCUGGCAAGGAGCUGCUGCAGCAGCACGCAGGACACAUCACAGCAGAGACAUUCAUGGCCAUCCUGAGGGACAAGGACAGCGGCAUCUGCGUGGACUCGGAAGGUUUCCGCACGGCGGGCAGCAUGGUGUCUGUGCUGCCCCAGGACCCUGCCUUGCCCUGCAUCCAUUUCUUCACAGCCACUCCGGACCCUUCCAGGUCUGUCUUCAAACCCUUCAUCUUCGUGCCCGGCCUUAAACCUGCACCGCAGGUGAUUUCUCCCACCUUCCGUGACGACCCUGCCAAGAAGGUGCCACGCUUCCAGAGCGCCGUCGAUCGGAGGCAUGAGCUUUACCGCCGGCACCAGGCAGCGCUGGAGCUGAUGGAGAAGGACCAGGCGCGGGGCCGGGAGCUCCUGCAGACGCUGCGGGACCUGGAGAAGCAGGGCUUGGAGGCAGCGAACGCGCUGCUGGCAGGGAACGUGGCGCCAAGGCCGGAGGAGCUGGCUGAGCUCUUCUUCGACUGCGUGGAUGCAGAGAUGAAGUUUUACAAAUAAACCCCACGCAGGUGGGUUAGGAGAGGAGAGGAGCUGAGGUCGGGCUCCAGCUCAGAACCCACAGCACUGUUCCCACCUGGGGGUGAGAAACCCUUCCUGGUGCCCCGUCCUGGUUCCUCACCUCCUCUCGUUUUGGAGCUGUGGAGGGGAAUGGCUCCACCAGCACCUCCAGCCCUGAGCAAUCAAUCAGUGCUUGUGGUGUGAAAGGGGGGGUCCAGGGAGGGGGGGGGUAGGGUUCCCUUUCUCAGCUUGGCACGUUGUUCCCACCAUUAGCAGAGCUGCUCACGUUCAGUCCCUCAGCAGAGGACCCAGGCUGCAGGGCUCUGCAGCAGACAGAGAUCGACGUAAGAAUAAAGAGGCUUUAAUUCCAA